GUCUGAGGAUUUACCAUACUCAGCUGAGUAUGCAAAGUCUAAUAGGUCCGCCUGUAAAACAUGCGGAAGUCACAUUCCUAAAGAUCAUAUCCGUGUUGCAAGACUGGUGCAAUCCCCUCACUUUGAUGGAAAAAUGGCUCUCUGGAAUCAUUUCAAUUGCUUUUUCAGGAAGAACAGUGUCAAGUCGACUGGCGACAUUAAAGGCUUUGGAACACUGCGUUAUGAGGACCAAGCAAAAAUAAAGGAGAAAAUCGGAGGUGGUGGCGUUGCUAGCACUGGAAAAGGAAAGGAGGUUUCAGUGGAUGUUGCAGCAGAGUACGCUAAAUCAAACAGAUCCACAUGUAACGGGUGUUUCGUCUCUAUCGAUAAAGAUACUGUUAGAAUAGGUUGUUGGGUAGCAGCUGAAGGCAAGGAGUUAAAGUGGGCAGUAGGUGGGAGGAAGCAAGUGUGGCACCAUCCUACCUGCUUCUCUGAGAGGAAGAAACAACUUGACAUUGAUCACAACAUUACUGCUGACAUCAUUGAUGGGUAUGAACUAUUAAAGAAGGAAGACCAAGCACAAUUAGUUCUCCUCCUAGGUAAAGGAGGGAAGAAAAAGAAGAGGAGUAGGAAAAGUGACAAUAAUGAAAAUAUGCCUCCUCCUCAAUCUGCUUUAGAAAAGAAACUGCAGGCCCAGAGUGGCUAUCUCAUGGAAAUCAGACAAGCACUAAAAGAAGUAAACAACAAGUAUUUGAGAGAGAUGUUGGAAUAUAACGGAUACCCAACCCACGGAGCUGAUAUCAGGCUAAUAGAUAGAUGUAGUGAUGGUAUAGCAUUUGGCCGGUUUGAUGAACCCUGCUCUGUAUGCGACGGAACUUAUUUCUCACUUGGUGAGAGCUCGUAUGUAUGCAAAGGAGACGUAUCAGAGUUCACUAAAUGUAGCAACAUCAUUCCUCAACCUAAGAGAACCAAGUGGAUAAUCCCCGAAUCAGUUAUGGACCAAUCUGAUUAUCUCGCCACCUUAAAGCUAAAGACAGGUUUGAGAAUAGAUUUUAAAGUUUUAAAAUUUUUCAUAUUUUCUUCAUAUUCUCUCAAUUAGUCUCUCUCUCUCUCUCUCUCUCUAUUGAGUUGUAACUGAUUGUGAAGUUUGAAGAAAAUCUGAUAGCCCAAUUAACAGUAAGUAAAUUGAUCAUGUUCUUUUGGCAUAUUUUGUAAACAUUAAUGUUAGAGGAGGUGUUCCAGCAAAAUUGUAAGCGAAAUUGUAAGAAUGUUGUGUAAGUGUCGCGGGAGGUUUAUUCUCAAAAUUGUAAGAAUGUCGCGAACAAAUUUGAUCCAAAAUAUCGAAAAAGAUAGGUUGUUGUUGUGAAACCCCAGGUGAGUGCGUGAAUUUUCAUUGAAUUCGAUAAAUUAUACUGUUCGGACUUGGGAGAAGACUGUCCGUAAAGGCCUUGUCCGGAGAAGGCCUAGUUCGUACAGAGACAUGUCGAAUGGUAAGCGGAGUUAUCUGGAAAUGUUUGUUUGGUUAAAUUAAUGGAUGGUUCAUGAACCCUUGAAACCAGAUAACAGCUAAAAUCAUAUGAUUUCACAUAUUGAUUGAAAAUUUACCUUUAAUAAACAGGUAACGAACAGUGUAUUAUUAAGGUGCUCCACUGAUU